CCUCCUUCUUUCUUUACUAUUAUGGUGCACUUGGUGGUUCAUUUGAUUGAAGAAUUGAGGAUGGGAGGUCCAGUAACUUAUAGGUGGAUGUAUUCUUCUGAAAGGGAACUUCUCACACUGAAGUCAUAUGUUCAUAAUAGGGCUUAUCCAGAAGGUUCAAUCGCUGAAGUUUAUUUAGCUAUGGAAAGUUUAACAUUUGUCUCUCGCUAUCUCUCCGGUGUUGAGACAUUAUUUACUCGGCCUGUGAGAAAUGAUGAUGAGGGUGAGCAAAAUGAAAUUGAAGAGUUAAACUCACUAUGUCCUGGGCGUCCAUUAAGAAAAAGCAGAGAUUGUAAUGUAUCUUUUCGGAAGAGAAAGAGAGUAUCUCGUAGUGUGCUUGACGAGAAGUUGCAGAUACAAGCACAUCUUUAUGUCUUAUUUAAUGUCGAGUCAGUUAUGCCAUUUAGAGAAGUUGGAGUUGAUGAUGAUAAUGGAGUUGAUGUCACUCCAAUGAUGGAACAAGAAGUUAUGCAUGAUGAAGAUGAUGAAGAUGACGAAGCUAGCAUUGCUAUUACUUAAAUUGAUAUAGUUCUUAGUAAUUAAGUUUAUUUUGUUGAUAUAGUUCUUAAUAAUUAAGUUGAUGUUGUUCUGUACUGG